CCAGCACCAUUGCUCUCUUCCUGAACUUCCUGUCCUCGCUGGCCUGGUUCUGCGUGGAGCCCUCAUCCGGUUCUGGGUUCGGCCUCUCCAUUCUCUGGGCUCUCCUCUACACGCCCUGCUCCUUUGUCUGCUGGUACAGGCCGAUGUACAAAGCUUUCAGGAGCGAUAGUUCAUUCAACUUCUUUGUCUUCUUCUUCGUCUUCUUUGCCCAGAACGUGAUGUACGUGCUGCAGGCGAUCGGCAUCCCCAACUGGGGGUUCAGCGGCUGGAUAUUGAGCCUGAUAGCGCUACGGAAGAACACGGCCGUGGCCGUGAUGAUGAUCCUGGUGUCCUCGUUCUUCACAGCAGUCGCUGUGUUGGGCAUCAUCAUGCUGAAAAAGAUCCACUCUCUGUACCGCCGGACGGGCGCCAGCUUCCAGAAAGCGCAGGAGGAGUUCGCUGCAGGGGUCUUCUCCAACCAGGCGGUGCGCACUGCGGCGGCCAACGCU